AUGCAAUAGCGUUUAUAUCAAGCACACCAGCGAGUCAAAACCGACGUAGUAAUUCAUCUGGGGUGGAAUUACACAACAUACACCCACGCCAUUUUUCAUCAAUGGAAUAAAACUGACAGUAAAACGUCAACAUUCACGAUUUUUAAAUUUAUUAUAACAAAUGGCCACAAUCGAUGGAAGACCUGCGCAAUAUGGGAUAUCACUUAAGCAAUUACGCGAGCUCAUGGAGACUCGCGGGAGGGAAGGUGUAGCAAAAAUCAGCGAAUUCGGUGGUAUUCAUGAGUUGUGCAAAAAGUUAUACACAUCUCCCAAUGAAGGCCUGAGCGGUUCGAAAGCUGAUGAGGAACAUAGACGGGAGACAUUCGGAUCGAAUGUAAUACCACCGAAGCCACCGAAAACGUUUCUUACGCUAGUCUGGGAGGCCCUUCAGGAUGUCACGCUUAUUAUCUUAGAGGUAGCUGCUUUAGUAUCACUUGGUUUAUCGUUUUACAAACCCGCCGAUGAGGAUGCGCCUGUACUGCAAGAAGAAGAAGAACACCACGGUUGGAUCGAGGGUCUUGCGAUUUUAAUCUCCGUUAUUGUGGUUGUUAUAGUGACGGCCUUCAAUGAUUACUCCAAGGAAAGACAGUUCCGUGGCUUACAAAGCCGCAUUGAAGGCGAGCACAAGUUCUCCGUUAUUCGUGGAGGUGAAGUGUGCCAAAUAUCGGUUGGUGACAUACUUGUGGGCGAUAUUGCUCAGAUCAAGUAUGGUGAUCUAUUACCGGCCGACGGCUGCCUCAUUCAAAGUAACGACUUGAAGGUGGACGAAUCCUCACUAACUGGCGAGUCCGAUCAUGUUAAAAAGGGCACUGAUGUCGAUCCCAUGGUCUUAUCUGGCACACAUGUUAUGGAGGGUAGCGGAAAAAUGAUUGUUACCGCAGUCGGUGUCAACUCGCAGGCUGGCAUUAUAUUUACCCUUCUUGGCGCAGCCGUCGACGAACAGGAGGCCGAGAUUAAAAAGAUGAAAAAGGAAGCUAAAAAGGCGAACAAGCAAAAGAGCAAGAGUCUGACAGGUGAGAACGAUGGUCGCACGCCAAUGAAACCGACGUCCCAUGCUCCACAAGCUCCGCCCGCAUCUCGAGGUGGCGGCGACGCAAUUAAAUCCGAGUCAGAUGGCAAUCAUGUGCAACAGCAGUCGUCCACAUCAGCUGUGGAAACGGGCCACAAGAAGGAGAAGUCUGUGUUGCAAGCGAAACUGACCAAAUUGGCUAUUCAAAUUGGUUAUGCUGGAUCUACCAUUGCCGUACUUACCGUCAUCAUUCUGAUUAUCCAGUUCUGCAUUAAGACAUUUGUCAUUGACGAGAAGCCCUGGAAGAAUACCUACGCCAAUAAUUUGGUCAAGCACUUGAUUAUUGGUGUCACAGUAUUAGUGGUGGCUGUGCCCGAAGGUCUUCCGCUAGCCGUAACGCUAUCGCUUGCCUAUUCGGUGAAGAAAAUGAUGAAGGAUAACAAUUUGGUGCGUCAUUUGGACGCCUGUGAAACGAUGGGUAAUGCCACUGCCAUUUGCUCUGACAAGACUGGUACACUGACAACCAAUCGUAUGACUGUCGUGCAAUCGUAUAUUUGCGAGAAACUGUGCAAAGUGCUGCCAACUUUGAAUGAUAUACCCCAGCACGUGGGAAAUCUGAUCACCAUGGGCAUAUCCGUAAACUCGGCCUACACGUCAAACAUAAUGCAUGGUCAAAAUCCCGGUGAUUUGCCCAUUCAAGUUGGCAACAAGACCGAGUGCGCCUUGCUGGGCUUCGUUCAGGGACUGGGCGUUAAAUAUCAAUCAAUUCGUGAUGAAAUACCCGAGGAUAGGUUUACACGUGUCUACACAUUUAAUUCGGUGCGCAAGAGUAUGGGUACAGUGAUACCUAGACCUAACGGCGGAUAUCGACUAUACACAAAGGGAGCUUCCGAAAUCAUCAUGAAGAAGUGUUCCUUUAUCUACGGUCAUGAGGGAACUUUGGAGAAAUUCACACGGGAUAUGCAGGAGCGAUUAAUACGAGAAGUUAUUGAACCAAUGGCUUGCGACGGUCUUCGUACUAUUUCGGUUGCUUACCGCGACUUUGUCCCCGGAAAAGCAGCAAUCAACGAAGUUCACAUUGACGGAGAGCCAAACUGGGACGACGAGGAGAAUAUUAUGACAAAUCUCACCUGUCUCUGCGUCGUUGGAAUUGAGGAUCCAGUGCGCCCAGAAGUUCCCGAUGCUAUUCGUAAAUGCCAGCGUGCAGGCAUCACUGUCCGCAUGGUCACUGGAGACAAUAUUAACACAGCCCGUUCCAUUGCCAGCAAGUGCGGAAUUUUGCGACCCAACGAUGAUUUUCUUAUCCUGGAGGGCAAGGAGUUCAACCGACGUAUUCGCGACAGCAAUGGCGAUAUCCAGCAACAUCUCAUUGAUAAAGUCUGGCCAAAGUUGCGUGUGCUGGCUCGCUCUUCGCCCACUGACAAGUACACAUUGGUCAAAGGCAUUAUUGACAGCACAGUAAGCGAAAACCGUGAGGUCGUCGCUGUCACUGGCGAUGGUACAAAUGAUGGUCCCGCAUUGAAAAAGGCCGAUGUUGGAUUCGCCAUGGGCAUUGCUGGCACUGACGUUGCCAAGGAGGCUUCAGAUAUUAUUCUUACCGACGACAAUUUCAGCAGUAUUGUGAAGGCAGUAAUGUGGGGUCGCAAUGUUUAUGACUCGAUCGCAAAGUUCUUGCAGUUCCAACUAACGGUUAAUGUGGUUGCUGUAAUUGUAGCAUUUAUCGGUGCAUGUGCCAUUCAGGACUCUCCGCUGAAAGCGGUGCAAAUGUUAUGGGUUAAUCUGAUUAUGGACACUUUGGCUUCCCUUGCUCUGGCUACGGAACUACCGACUCCAGACCUCUUGCUGCGCAAGCCAUAUGGCCGCACAAAACCCCUAAUCUCAAAGACCAUGAUGAAAAACAUUUUGGGUCAAGCUUUAUAUCAGCUGGUUAUCAUUUUUGGACUUCUCUUCGUAGGAGAUAUUAUCCUUGACAUCGAGUCUGGACGUGGACAAGAACUUAACGCUGGGCCAACACAACAUUUUACCAUAAUUUUUAACACCUUUGUUAUGAUGACAUUGUUUAAUGAAAUCAAUGCCAGAAAGAUUCAUGGCCAGCGCAACGUUAUUGAGGGACUGUUUACGAAUCCCAUCUUCUACACGAUUUGGAUAUUCACAAUGAUAUCGCAGGUUGUCAUUAUUCAAUAUGGUAAAAUGGCUUUCUCUACAAAGGCAUUAACGCUUGAGCAAUGGCUUUGGUGCAUAUUCUUUGGAAUUGGUACACUGGUCUGGGGACAAUUAAUCACAUCUGUGCCUACUAGAAAAUUGCCCAAAAUUUUAUCAUGGGGUCGCGGUCAUCCAGAGGAGUAUACUGAUGCCAUGAAUUUGGGCGAAGAACGCUUCGAUUCCAUUGAUUCCGACAAGAAGCCCAGAGCAGGACAAAUCCUGUGGAUACGCGGUCUAACUCGCCUGCAAACUCAAUUGCGCGUGAUUCGUGCUUUCCGCUCAACUUUGGAAGACCUUAACGAGCGGCGCUCAAUGCACAGCUUGCAUAGCUUACGCAGUCCCAGGACGGGCAUGCCAACCGGUGGUGCUGGCCACCCGCUUUACAAUCUUAACUUGCUGAGCCCCAAUUACAGCAGCAAGCAGCAGCAGCAACAGUCGCCAGCACAGCCGCAUCAGCAGCAUCAACAACAACAGCAGUUGCCUUCUGACAUAUCUUACAUUGACGAAGAUCCCCAGCAGCAACAGCGCACUCUUCACAACGGACGUACUUCCCAAGCACCCACAUCAAAUGCAUCUACAUCUGGCCCUAAUCCCGGUCCCGGUCCUGGUCCUGGUUUCUCCGAUAUCGCUAUAACAUUGCAACAACAAAUUCGUAGUCACGACGAGAAUAAUCAGCACAGAAACGGACAGAAUGAAACCCGAAUUUAGAAAUUUAUUAACUGUGGAGCAAAAUGUUGAAAGCAAACACAAAAAAAUGGAAAACUGAGCGAUAAUAAGAAAUGCCAUCCCCCACCCCCAUCCUCCUGACCACUGACAUUCGAGCAAACUGGACUGAUCAUGACAUGCUUAUCUCUUAGCCGCCAUACAGUUGGUACAUAAGAGCCCCUCCCUCCACUGAUCAGUGGUCAUUGUGUGUGGUUUGUGUCGCGUGGCCUGCCAUUUGGAACCUGGAAUCGAAUAAAUCUAUACCCGAAUCCGACCUCAUACAUACAUGCCUUCUGUCCCCUGCCCCCUACCAGAUACCGAGAUACCGACCUUUUAUUGCACUGUCCGACAUAUUGUAUUACUAUUCUGUACGGCUGAAGAAAAGAAUUUAUUAAGGCAAACGAUGAUCCAACAAACAUAUCCAACAAGACAGACACACUCAAUAUGCUCACAAAAAACCCGAGAACCCUCGAGUCUGCUUCUCCGAUAAAAGAAAAAACCGAUAAUUAUGUACUCUAAUAAUAUACAUAUACCUAUAUAAUAUUACUUACCACAUAGAAAAUGUUAUUUAGAGCAUGCUUUUUAUAUUCUUUACUUCUUAUUUUUUGUAUAAAUUAAUUAAUAACUAUUGUGGUACACUCGUAUUACUACUAACUGUACCUGUACAUCAAAUGCAUCCUUAUUUGCUAAUUGCGUGGCGUGCGUGCGAAUGUGCGUGUGUAUGAAUGAGCGCGAGCCCACUGAUAAGGAUGGAUAUCGAAUUGGGGUGGAUACCAUCAAAUAUACAUACAUAGAUACCGAUA